AUGCUCAUGUUGUCGCGGCACGAGGCUGUCCGACAGGAGCUUCAGAAGCUGCAAACCCGAUUCGAGUCAGAUCUUGCUGCGGCCAAGGGGUUGCAAGCUCCAGCGUCGCCAGCACCGCCAGCUGUCGCUGCCCCUGCCGGGCCACAAGCGGAGGCGACUGAGACAAGAGUGGAAGCCUCCGCCUCCUUGCCAUGGACAGAGAUCACCAUGUUUUCCUUAGACCUGGGUGAUGGUGACAAGCCUUUCGUGACCGUCGACGUGAGACUCCGCGGAGUUGAAGCGUUGCCGUCGACGGACAUCACUUGCGAUUUCACUGACUCAUCCUUCGAUCUGAAGGUUGUUGGCCUCGAGGGCAAGAACUACCGUUUCCGGAGAACGAACCUAGAAAAUCGCAUCAUACCCGCCGGCUCGGUUUUCAAGGUGAAGAAGAAUCAUGUGAUGGUUUGGCUGCAAAAGGCGAAGAACCAGUUCGACAGAUACGACAUUUGGCUGGAUUUGUGUGGCAAGGGACGGCCUAAGUCGGCAGAGGACGAUGCGGCUGAGCCCAAGACUGGGCCCAACGAUGGCAUCCUAGACAUGAUGAAGGAACUCUACGAAACCGGUGACGACACGACCCGAAAGAUCAUAGAGCAUGGGAUGCACCAGGCGAGCCAGGACGGAAAGGGUCAGCCGGAGCAGGGAGAAGCAGGGACAGCGACCACAUCGGCCGAUUCAAAGCAGACUGAGGAGGUGAAGACGGAGCAGGCGGAGCAGGCGCCGCAGGAGGAGAGUAAGACUGAGACAGGUCCGACGAACGGCUGCGUGCCGAAGGCUCUCAGCGAGGAGGAAAUCAAGGAGAUGAGGGCCCGGGCAGGCGCCUUCGGGGGGACCAAAGCCUGUGGCGAGACCGGGACGGCUCAGGAGCACGAGCCACACCAUGACCACGACCACAAGCAUGAGCCUAGCAACCAGGACAAUCCCAACCUCACCGGCAUGAGCCAGGGCGAAGUGAUGGAAGACAAGGACAAGCUCCCGGUCACCCUCCUGAGCGGCUUUCUGGGUGCAGGAAAGACGACAUUGCUCACACACGUUCUGAACAAUCGUGAGGGCAUGCGUGUGGCUGUCCUUGUCAACGACAUGGCAUCGGUGAACAUCGACGCGGAUCUCGUGAAGGAUGGAGUCGAGCUGCAGGAGAACAAGGACAAAAUGGUUGAGCUCCACAACGGCUGCAUUUGCUGCACGCUCCGUGAAGACUUGAUUGAAAGCGUGAAAUCGUUGGCUCUCGAGAAAAAAUACGAACACUUGCUCAUAGAGAGUACAGGAAUAUCGGAGCCGAUGCCAGUGGCCACUACGUUUGCGGCCGCCGAUGAGCAAGGUCGUCCCUUACUGGGAGGUGUCGCGCGUUUAGACACACUCGUCACCGUUGUUGACUGCAGAAACUUUUUGAAGGAUUAUUGCUCCAGCGACAAGUUGGUCACCAGGGAGGAGUUGGGGGCUGAGGAAGGUGACGAGCGCAGCAUUGUCAACCUGCUGGUGGACCAAGCGGAGUUCGCCAAUGUGAUAAUCCUGAAUAAGACAGACCUUGUCACCCCCGCAGAACUGGGCCGUUUGAAAGGCAUCAUGACGAAGCUGAACCCAAAGGCUCGCAUGAUCGAAAGCCAGCACGGGAAGGUGAGCCCCGCGCUGCUCCUGAAUACGAACAGCUUCAACAUGAGGGAAGCCAGCAUGGCACCUGGGUGGGCACAGGAGCUGAUGGGAAAUCACCACAAGCCGGAGACCGAAGAGUAUGGCAUCUCCAGCUUCAUCUACCGAGCUGACCGGCCUUUCCACCCCGAGCGUCUGACGAGCAUGUUGGGUACUUACUCCUUCCCUGGGGUGCUCCGCUCCAAAGGCUUCGCGUGGUCCGCGGGCAACCCGGACAACGCUGUGGAGUGGAGCUCCGCCGGUCUCACGGCGGAUCUCAAGCCAGGUCCCAGGUGGCUGGUGGUGACUAUGCCGCCGGAGAAGUGGCCAGCCCAGGCCCAGAAGUACAAGGACAACCGUUUCGGCGAUCGGCGCACUGAGAUCGUUUUCAUCGGAGCCGACAUGGUCGAGUCCGAGGUUCGGGAAGCGCUCGAUGGUUGCCUGCUGUCGCAGAAGGAGUUCCAGGCACACUUCGGCGGCAAAACAGGGGCGCGCCAGAGGUCGUGA